AUGGUGGCGAAUCGAGGAGAGAUAGCUAUCCGUGUAUUUCGAGCUCUUUCUGAAUUACGAAUGACGUCUGUAGCAAUUUAUAGUGAACAGGAUAAGCAUUCGAUGCAUCGAUUGAAGGCAGACGAAGGUUACUUAGUCGGUAAAGGACUUCCGCCUGUUGCGGCAUAUCUCACUAUAGAUCAGAUUAUUGACACCGCUCUACAGCACAACGUGGAUGCGAUUCAUCCUGGUUACGGUUUCUUAUCCGAGCGAGCCGACUUCGCACGUGCUUGUAUCCAUGCGGGGAUUUCAUUCAUUGGCCCAAGUCCGGAUGUUAUGGCACGCAUGGGAGACAAGUUCUGCCGACCCAGACCAAUUACUACGGCGGAAGAAGCUGUCGAGUUCGCCAAGCAGUAUGGAACUCCCAUUAUCUUGAAGGCUGCUUACGGUGGUGGAGGGCGCGGCAUGCGCAGAGUUGACCACGUUGAAGAAUUAAGUUUAUAA